CGACCUUUAUAUAACACGCAAGGUUUAGGUACAAAAACUUUGUAUGUGCCGGUAGCUGUCUUAGAAUCCUGCAAUGACUUCUGGCUUCCGAACCUUUGGCGUUGUUGUUGUUGGUAUUGGAACAGCAGGGCGGGUGCGUUUAAGAGAUUUACAAGAAUGCGGCUCUACCAUUAGUUUGGAACUGAAAGGGUUUGUCUCCAGGCAUGAAAGCGAAAUUCCUGGUGUGACUAAGUUGUCCUAUGAAGAAUGUUUGGCCAGAUCUGACAUCCAUGCUGUAAUAAUCUGCACCGAGCCGCACACCCAUGAGAACCUUAUAAGACAAGCACUCUACAGCAACAAACAUGUCCUGGUUGAAUACCCUGUUGCCUUGUCAUCACAGAUAGCUCAAGACUUGUAUCAGCAAGCAAACCGUAAAGGUCUUGUACUUCAUGAAGAAAUAUCAGACUUCUGACAGAGAGUCACAAGUCAUUGAAAGAAAUGGCAACAGCAGAACAGCUGAAAUGUGCAAGGAGCAAUUUAACAGGCAACUACAAUGGAUGGGUGGAGAAACUACCACUGGAGGGCAAGCCUCUCAUAAGUAGCGUCUCUGCUAUUCAGGCCUUUUAUGAUAUAUUUGGAGACAUGAAAGCUGUGGGGUCCACUUUGGAUAUAUUAGAUGAUGGCUUCCAGUUCACAGGAAAAUUUGUCACCACAGAUGGUGAAAAAGAAGUGAGUGUCUCGGGAUCACGUUACAAACAAAAGACGCCUCGGCAGUCUCAUGUCUAUGUGGAAUUUGAAAGUGGACGAGUGUUUGACUCAAGUGUUGACAAGCCAUCAGCUACCUCAAGCACAAACAAAUCUGCAGGUUUGUUUAUGCAAGAUCUGAAAUUGUUUGCUGCUGAGCUGUGUGGUGAACAUGAAACAGGGGACAGAAGUGCCAUGUCCAUCAGAUGUCUGGAACUUGCAGAGCAAGCUGAUGCCUUUAUUAAAGUAUCAGCAUAAAUUAGUUUUUUUAUGCAGGAAAUCCGUAUUAUUUAUUUAAAAAAUUAAUAAAAAUGUUCGUCAGGCUCUUUUGAAAAGUUUCUAAUCACUAUGGGAUAAAAUGCUGCCUAUGCUUCUCAGAGGAGCAACAAGGAAUAAACUAUGGGAUAAAAUACAAGCCCAUUUGUACAAAAAUCAUGUCUGAUAUUAGAAAAAAUCUAUACAUGUUUCUGUGAAGUGUUAGAAAAUUACUUUUUAUAUUUGAUAAUGUUUAUUCUUUGCUAAUAAUUUAAAUUAAAUUACAUGAAAUAUUUGACUAUAAUAACUCCUACC